UUCACCCUCAUAGGAGAGUUAGAUCAUAUUUUCACACCAGCCUUUUAUGUGUCAAGAGAAGCAAAGAAAACACCGGCUUUAUUUAGACAGGCUUGAGUCCUUGAUUGCAGAAUGGAGUCAAUCUUUUCUGUAUUUGGUUCCUAUGUUAACUGGGAUGUCAAAAGUCUGCUGCUCUUCACUGCCGUUCUCCUCCUCACUGCAGAUUAUAUUAAGAACCGUCGUCCGGGCAGCUUCCCUCCAGGACCCCGGGCGUUUCCUAUUGUCGGCAACAUAUUCACCUUGGAUUACAACAGGACCCACGAGAGUAUGACACAGUUAGCUGGGAGAUAUGGAGACGUGUACAGCCUUCGAAUGGGUCAGACAUGGCUGGUGGUGUUGAACAGGCUCGAGGUUCUGAAAGAGGCUCUGGUAAAUCAGGGAGACAGCCUGGCAGACCGCCCAGAACUCCCUCUGGUGCAGGAAGCAUUCCAUGGAUUAGGUGUAAUUUUCAGUAAUGGGAAUACAUGGAAGCAGCAGAGGCAUUUUGCACUUUCAACCCUCAAAUAUUUUGGAUUUGGGAAGAAGUCACUUGAACCUGUCAUCUUGGAAGAAUUUACAUAUUGUGCAAAAGACUUCAAUAGCUAUAAAGGUAAGCCAUUCGAUCCACACCUCAUCAUCAACAACGCUGUCUCCAACGUCAUCUGCUCCCUGGUUUUUGGGCAUCGCUUUGAAUAUGGUGAUGAGAAGUUCAGGAAACUGAUAUCGUGGUUUGACAAAGGUAUCGAGAUCGAAGCCUCCAUUUGGGCACAGCUUUACAACUCCUUCCCUCUGCUGAUGAGACGUUUGCCAGGGCCUCAUCAGACAGUCCAGCACAUCUGGGACCAUGUGAAGGACUUCAUAAGGGUAGAGCUUAAGGAGCACAAACAGAACUGGGAUCCCUCGGACAAAAGAGACUACAUCGACUGCUACCUGAAUGAGAUUCAGAUGAGUAAGGGGCAGGCUGAGAAUACUUUUGAUGAGGAAAACUUGGUUAUGUGUGUCUUGGAUCUGUUUGUGGCUGGAUCUGAAACCACAUCCACCACCCUGCGCUGGGCUUUCCUCUACAUGGUAAAAUACCCAGAGAUCCAGGCAAAGGUCCAGGCUGAGAUAGACAGAGUGAUUGGACAGUCCAGACAGCCGUCCAUGGAAGAUCGUGCAAACCUUCCCUACACGGACGCUGUCAUACACGAGCUCCAGAGGAUGUGCAACAUAGUUCCUCUCAGCCUGCCUCAUGUUACCAACAGGGACAUCCAGCUGGGAGGCUACACAAUCCCAAAGGGAGUUGUUAUAAUCCCCAAUCUGACCUCAGUCCUGUUUGACAAGAAUGAGUGGGAGACGCCCGACACCUUUAACCCAGGACACUUUCUAAACGAGGAGGGCAAGUUUGUGAAGCGAGCUGCUUUCAUCCCUUUCUCUGCUGGUAAGCGGGUGUGUCUCGGGGAGAACCUGGCCAGGAUGGAGCUUUUCCUCUUCUUCACCUCUCUGAUGCAGCACUUCACCUUCUCAAUGAAGGUGAAGCCUGCGAUGGACUUUCGCUUUGGCGUCACUCUGUCACCACUUCCAUAUGACAUCUGCGUAACCUCCCGCUGAGUGUAGAUGUGACAUAAAAAAUAUGUUAAAGCAAUAUUUUUUUAAACUGUCCUCACCACUCAAGAUUACUGUCACUGUGACCUGGUUUGUUGAAUAUAUCAAACUGAUAUUUGGCUUUAAUUAUAGAUGACAUGUCAUAAGGUCCACUGCAGAUAUCUCCUUUGGACUACAGAACUGUGAUGUAGAUGGUUGCACAUAUUUAUUUGCACUUUUUUAUUGUUUAAUUGCGGGGGGGUUCUUCCAGUGGGCUCCAAACCAUGGCUGUAUCAACUCAGAUUUUUAAACCUAGUUUAGUUUAGCCAGGCUCAAUUAACAAAAUGUGCAUAUGGAUGAUAUUUAAACAAAUUUUGUAUGUGUUAAAAGUAGGUGCAUACUUUUACUUUUUCCCCGAAGAUGAUAAUUAUUGUGCAAUCAUUUGUGACCGUCACAUUUAUGACUAAUUCAGUGCAACAAACAUCUUCCUGCAAAACAACAAAAUUACAAAAUGCCAUCUUAAGUGCAGAAAUGUUGUCGCAGAGUGUUGUGAUCCCAUAGCAAUUAAGUCUCUUUUGAAUUUGAUGAUACAUCUUUAAAAACUACCCCGCGACCCUUAACUGGAUAAGCGGUUACGGAAGAUGGAUCUUUAAAAACAUUUUGGAUUUCCAACACCUUCCCAAGAGGAUAUGGAGGUCAAUAUCUACAGAAUCCAAAUUUAAUUUUACGUUGAGACUCAUUAAAUUAUGUGGUUAGAGGGUAAAAGAACUAUCUCUAUAAGUAAGGAUACUGUAUAGUUAUUAUUUAGGUGGAAUGAACUCCCCACUGACGUCAGGACAGCAGAGUCGCUGCCCAUCUUUCGGCGCAGGCUGAAAACUCACCUCUUCAAGAAGCACUACCCUGAGCCUUCCUCUUAGCACUUAUUGUAUUCGUAUUAGUUUGUAGCACUUAUUGCAUUCGUAUUCGUUUACUGCACUUAUCCUAUUCGUAGUAGUUUGUAGCACUUAUUGUAUUCGUAUUAGUCUGUUCCAAUUAUUGUUUUCGUAGUAAUUUGCCUCUGCACUAUACUUUUGCUCUGGUUUAUGCUUUUAGAUGCUUGUUUAAGAAAGGAGAUGCACUUAUGACUUCUGGUGACUAGUAGUUCUCUUGAACACCUAUGUUGAAUACACUUCCUGUAAGUCGCUUUGGAUAAAAGCGUCUGCUAAAUGACUGUAAUGUAAUGUAAUGUAAUGUAAUGUAAAGCCAAGGAGAUGAAGGAAGAGUUUUCAGCUUUGAGAUUAGACGGCAACGUAAUAAGCAGCAUGCAUCAAACAUUUUGUUUGUAUGUGUGCUAAUAAAUAAGUUUAAAUUAAAUGUUUUGAUAAUGAAACAACAAUAAUAGAGUAUAAUUCUAAGCGUAUAACUUAUAAUUAAGAAUAUCGUAGACAUGUGAAAACCUUUUAAAGUCAUCUUGGUACAUUACACAUUACAUAACUGUUAUAAACUAAAUAAAUGAGUAAUCUAUUUGAGAAAGGCUUU